AGAGCACGGGGAGCGCCUCUGUUUGAAAGUGCUCCGGAAAUAGGAAGCAAGCUUCGCAACCGAUUGUUGAGAGGACGACAGCAUUAUGCAGUAAACUUGUGGAAGGCUUAAAUAAGUGGAAUGUACUUCGCUUACUGAUUGAGAAAACAUAGUGGGCAACUUGAGGUCGGAUGGAAACGAGAAGCUCUUUCGUUUUUUUCGUUUGUUUACAAACUAACAUGACUGCUAAGCUAUGUAGCUAACGUUUGCUUGCUAACUUGAUGUCUGCAACAUAUAGGCGAAGCUAACCUUUAGAGAGGCUGUUUACUAUGUGUAAUUCACUGUUGUGAUACCUGGACAGUGACCCUUUUGUUUUGUUGGACUGUUAGACCGUUAGUAGUAUUAAUAGGUUCCUCGAGAAAAUGAUUUAGGGAUUUGAGAAAAGAGAUUGAAUUAGACAGGGCUGAGUUUUAGACAGAACUGUUUCCCGUGUACCUUGUUCAUUAACGGUGGUGAAAGGAAAUAGUAUCAGAGAGCAAUAAUAGUGCAAUUCUUCGAAGGAAUUACUUUAAAACAUGAACGUCAUGGAGAAAAAUGUGAUGCGUUUAGCGGCUGUUCAGCACCUCCGCACUGUUUAUGGGAUAAAGAUAAAGAACUGGAACAAAAACAAAGCAACCAGCUGCAAGACAACAGCCAGCCAUUUGCGAAAAGUUUUUGGUGUACCGCUGGACAGCUUGCCAUGCUAUGAUAUGGAAUGUGGACGUGUGCCAAGCUUUCUGGUUGAUGCUUGCAUGAAACUGCUUGCACAUGUUGAAACAGAAGGUCUGUUUAGAAAAUCGGGUUCUGUUGUACGCCUGAAAGAACUCAGGGCUAAACUCGAUGCAGGAGAAGACUGUCUGCCAACAGCUCGUCCCUGUGACGUCGCAGGCUUGGUGAAGCAGUUCUUCAGGGAGCUCCCAGAGCCCAUCCUUCCCACAGAGCUGCAGGAUGCCUUUCUCAAGGUCCAGCAGUUGCCCUCUGCGGAGGAGAGGACCUCUGCCACCAUGCUGCUGUCUUGUGUGCUGCCAGACAAAAACACUUGUGUACUGCGUCACUUUUUCGACUUCCUUCACAGUGUAUCCCAGAGAAGUGCAGAGAACAAAAUGGAUAGCGGUAACUUAUCUGUGAUUCUGGCCCCAAACCUCAUUCACUCUGGAGACGGAACAGAGAAGAUGAACGCCAACACGGAGAAGCGCCUUAAAUUACAGGCAGCCAUUGUGCACUGCUAUAUAGAGAAUGCCCAAAACUUUGGUGUCCUACCUCAAUUUCUUCAAGAGAAAGUUCCUGCCAUGAUGGGUUGUGAGCCAGGGGCUCGAUCGCCCUCUCAGGAAGAACUAGAAGAGGUGAACUUAAACUCAGGGAUAAAGAAGAAAAACAGACGCAGCUUUGGAGUGUUUUCUUCUACAACUCCUGUGAUAGCAACACCGUCCUCAAAGAGAAAACUUCCACUGGAACCUCGUAACUCAUUCGGAUUUUCAAACAAGAAGCGUAGAGCUAUCAAAAAGAACCUUGGGUUUGAACUUCUCCCCAGCUCUUUGUUCAACGGGACCUCCACUCCUGGUUCAGCCUGCAGUGCUUCAGGACUUCUGGAUUCGUCCCAAAAUACCUUCUCGCCGGCAGGGAGGUCGAAAAGGCAACCAUCUACCUCUGCAAGAAGGAAGAGUAAACGAUUUAGCCACAGGCAUAUUGUCAACAGGGUUGAAUCUGGAAGAGCUGGCUGCUUUUCUCCUAAAGUCACCAAAAAAGAAGCUCCACUCAAAUCUCUGCGCCAGCGUUUCAGUCUGGGGAAGAGCAACAAAGACUCUGGGUCUGGGUCCAUCGGCUUGCGUCUUGCCACUCAGGAGAGCACCACCGGUUUCAUUUUCAACAAGGAGAUGGACUUUACCCCAUCAAAUCUGGCCGGAAAAACUGAAUCCAAGAGCUCAAACUACAUGAGCAAGUCGGAAGAUAACUUGCUGACCCCCCAGUGUGAUUCGAGUGCCCACCAGGCCUCAUGGAUUGUGGAAACUCCUGUGGGAACACAAGCUUUGGACAGAGGAUCUUUCACAGACACUCCAUUGACCACUGCCCUCAAGGGCAGCUACAUGUCUGAGCCAGCCAUCGUUGCUUCCAAGCUGUCACCGGCAAACAUUCUUCCCAAGAAGCUGUGCUGCGCUUCAAGCUCAGAGAGUCUGGAGAGCACGCGCUUUGUCGCUGAACCGCUGAGACAAAAUGAUCCAACUGUAAAUACCCAGAAUGACGUCAGAGAGCCGGAGAGUGACCUCCUGGCUUCCAAACGGGGCUUCUGCAGCUCAGUUGGAGAAAGUGGGAUUAAAUUAUCAGCAAAUGUUCCUGCUACUCCAACCUCAGCCUUUGAAGUUGAUACCUUCUACCCACCAGCUCAGGCUGAUGAACAAAAUGUUACUUUUGGUCGAUUUAAUUUUGAAGCGCUCACUCCUUUGCAUAUCGAUAGUGGUGUGUUUGAGUCUAGUCCACACUGUAGUCCAGUAGUCAACAAAGGUUUAUCUCCUUCCUUUGGUCGCUGUAGCAAUUCCACGUUGGGGUCAGUUGAGAGAGUUCCACAGCAGGUGAACUGCAGCAGGCUUAUUGAUGCUUUGGACAUGCAGAGUCCUGCUCAUUUCGCACUGGCUGUCACUUCUGGGCUCCAAUCCACUCCAUACAAGCCGGGUGUUGGACUCGAUGAUGAGCCCAAUAUGCCAAACAAAACUGAAACCUUAAGAAGCAAAUCAUAUGAGACGGUAAAUGUUUCCCCGGAGAGUGGAGCUAAAGUCAAACACCAGCCGGCCCUCUCACCAGACGGCCAGCAGACCCAAAAGCGUCGGGUUCUAGAUCACAUUCAACACUUCAACAAGCUCACCCUUUACUCUCCUUCAAUCUCAAGGAACAAGCAAAUAAGAUCUCCCAUGAAGUUCCAGCGCACCCCCGUGCGACUGACGGUACGCAGGAUCAACUCUCUGACGGGAGAGAGCAGAAAACCCAGUAAGCUUCCAGAGCUCGCUGCUAGCCUGGCUGGUCAUGUGACAAAGGCUGUGAGUCUAGAGACCGGUCUUUCGCCUCAUCCACAGCUCCGGCCACAAGUAGGGCGCUCCAACAGCACGGCUCCCACAAAGAAACCCCCUCCUGUCCCACCGAAAAGACUCAGCACCUUGCCCCGAAAACUCAAGCCCUGCGCCUUGGGCGACAUGACCAACAAAGUUCAACCAAAUCCCAAAGUGGAGUCUGAUCCAUCAGCUGUCCAGAAACCGAUCAUUAUGCAGCAGGUUGCAGCAGAGAACAUGAGCCAUUAUAGAGGUUCUCCAAGAAACCCUCUCAACCAUGGCCAACUUCUGUCUGCUACCAAACCUGUCGACUUGUAGGACACUGCCUUUUUCUUUUUGUUUUGCUAUGUGGGUUUCUUUACCCCGAGACAUUAAACAUUUCGACAUGUUUACCUUAUGCUCUAAUUUAUGUUGGCUGCAGCAGGUUUGUGUUGUUUUACGAGCCUAUUGGGAGACGUUCAGGUGCCUUAAGUUAAAUUUUGACAUAUCACUCUGUAUAGUUGCAUGUUAAGCGUUUAGAUCACAUAAUGUAGGGUAAUUUAUGUAAAAUGUUGAUAGCUGGUGGUGUGAAUGGAGAUAUGGGUGUUACGCUUUUAUUUAAAAACCUUGAGAGAUCUCUUCGUCUCUUAGGGAGCUAAAGAAAUUCAAUUGUCAUUGAAAGAAGAGAAAGAAACCCUUGUUUUGAUGAAUUUAUAGAGGGAUAAAAAGCCUAACAGUGUUUAUAAAUCUUUGUGCUUUGGUCAAUUUUUAUUUUUUUAUAUUUCUUUUUUUUUUAUGCUUUGCUUUUUUGUCAGCGCCGAGAAAUGCUCCAGACAAAUAAAAACGGCUUCAUACUUUUGUGAAUUUGCCAG